UUCAAACCAGGUUGCUUUAUGUUUUUUUGUCCACUCACUUAAUCUGGAUUAUGAGCGACACACAGACGCUCCGGUGUUGGUAGAGCGGAGGAGGAGGCGAGGAGCCCGGCACAUGCAGGUGCGCAGGGCCAGAGCAUGGGGUGAUGAGGACUCUCCUCUGCUGACUCCAGUGCAGAUGAACAGUGAUGGCAACAGCAUCACCACAACACAGUUUGUUGGAUGACAUCAUAAAGACAGGACAACAACAACAACAUCAACAUCAUCAGCAGCAGAAGGAGCAGGAGGUGGAGGAGGAGUUCCUGAGCUCACUGGAGACAAUUGUGCUCUCUAUCUUCCUCUCCAUCAUUAUUAUCAUGACAGUUUUUGGUAACCUGCUGGUCAUGGUGGCGCUCUGCAAGGACAGACAGCUACGGAAGAAGAAGACCAACUACUUCAUCGUGUCGCUGGCUUUUGCUGACCUGCUGGUCGCCGUGGUCGUGAUGCCCUUUGCCGCGAUUGAGUUGACCACCGGCGAGUGGAGGUACGGAGCCAUUUUCUGCCUCAUCCGAACGUCGCUCGACGUCCUGUUGACGACAGCGUCCAUCCUGCACCUCUGCUGCAUUGCGCUUGACAGGUAUUACGCUAUCUGCUGCCAGCCGCUGGUUUACAGACACAAAAUGACUCCAGUGAGAGUAGCACUAAUGCUCAGCAGCUGCUGGCUCAUCCCAACAUUCAUCUCCUUCUUACCCAUCAUGCAAAGCUGGAACGCCAUCGGCAUUGAGGACAUUAUUGAGGAGAGGCGAGCGUUGACGGGAGGCUCCAACGACACAAGCUGCGUGUUUCUGGUGAACCAGCCUUACGCCCUGAUCUGCUCCACUGUGGCCUUCUACGUCCCACUGGCCCUCAUGGUCCUGGCCUACCAGCGCAUUUACGUCACCGCCAUGACCCACGCGCGACAGAUCGAGACGCUGCAGCGCGCCGGCUCCGCUCCCGUCACCGGAUCGACUCAAGUCGCCAUCGUGAGGUCGUCCACUUCCUCAGAUCCGUCAGAACACUGCCGUCACAGGACAGCACCGGGUUCCCCUGCCUCAGAGCAGGCCCCCAUGGCGAACAGUCGCAUGCGCGUCGAGACUAAGGCGGCAAAGACGCUGGCGGUGAUAAUGGGCUGUUUCUGCCUAUGUUGGGCGCCGUUCUUCAUCACCAAUAUCGUGGACCCCUUCAUUCACUACUCAGUGCCGUGGCAGCUGUGGACUGCCUGGCUGUGGCUCGGGUACAUUAACUCAGGGUUGAACCCCUUCCUGUACGCCUUCCUGAACCGGGCGUUCCGGAGGGCGUUCCUGGUGAUCCUCUGCUGUGGGGAUGAGCGGUACGCGCGGCAGGGGAGCUGCUCCUACAGACAAACCUACAGACCGUGCUCGGCCGCGUCGGUCAACGGCACGUCUAUGGCACUGAGAUUGUCCUUCCUGCCAAACCGGAGCUACAGUGACAACGGGCAGACGAUACUGGCUAACGAGCAGGAGUCCCAGGAUUCUGUUGCACACCAGUGAAGAAGAAGAAGAAGAAGACAUUACAGAGACAGAGCUACAGAGGACAUUUACAUCCUCAGCCUGUGGAAACCUCAACAGUCUGUUUACUUUCCUCCAUUUCCACUCGGCUUUUAUGACCUAUGCGGCAUGCCUUCGUCCGACUUUACGUGCGCAUGGAUGGAAUUUCAAAGCUCAUUUACAGCCAAGUACUGAAUAAUCUGACUCUUGGAAAAGAAGUAUUGGUUAUAUAGAUUACCUGUAGUGUUCAGA